AAAUUAUACGUGCAACUUUAUAUAAUUACAACGUGGCUUAAAAAAAUGCGUCGAGCGAUAUCCAGGAGAGAAGAGAGAGUAAGACCACAAUGGAUGAAAGAACGGAGGCAACGUGAAGCUGAGGAACGUGCUCAAAAGUUGAAGAGAGAACUUCUGAUGCGCGAGAUCGAGCUCGGUGCUUUAAACACAAAGCGUUAUCGCACAUUAUGGCGGGAGAUGAUGAUGAGAAUCAAAAUGCCGCAGAUCGUGGAGGAUGUGGAGGUUGCGUGGCGUAACUUCGAUCGAGCUCUCGACAUCAAGGACUACAGGAUAAGUUUUUUGAUGGACGAAUUGGCUGAAAGCGAAGAGCAAUAUCAAAAAAAUAUAAGAUCACAUACUGAAACUAUAGAUCGAUUAUUGGGGAUGUAUACGGAGAGAAUACAACGCGAAGAAAAAAAUUAUCGAAAAACUUUAAAUGAGACGCUUGACCAGACGGACGCUGAGGUCAGCAACAUUUAUCAUCAGCAGAACGAAGAGGAGAUCUUGUUGCAUUUAAUCACUAAUGGUGUUCAGCGACAACUACAAGAAUCAUUAAACAAUGCUAAGAGCAUUGCAAUAGGCAAGAUCGAUGCAUUUGUGGAAGAGAGUAAAGAUAUUCGCAGACUUUCUGCGGCUCAAAUGGAAAAUCAAUUGCGAAGCUUCUGGGAAGAUCUGCGACGGGUUCUAUCAGAUUAUCAAAAUAAAACGCAGGAUCGUCAAAAACAUUAUGAAGCACUCAAAGAGAAAGACGAAAAGGAUCAGAAAAUAAUCGCACAACAAUUGUUACGAACGACGAAUCUUUUCGAAGAGAUACGAAAGUUUCAAAGCAAAAUAGCAACAUACAAUACUUCGGCUAAGGCAGAAAUUUCUGAAAUUUUGAAUGAACAUGAUUUCUUCCAGAAAGCUUACUGGAUUGUGAAAAACCGUUUUUUCUCAGGUGCACAUUAUCAUUUAUUCUUUUACAUAUAUAAAAUAAAUCGUAAGAAUUCCGUAUUGAAAAAUGAAACAAUUUCAGAACAAACGAAAGACACAGAUCAAUUGAAGACAUUAUCGAUUGAAUACAACAAGACGAUAAAACAUUUAAAGGAUCUUGCAACGAAAGGUAAACGAUUGCUCGUGCUCAUGCAAAUCUGUAGCAAGUACGAAACGCAACGUGAAAAAAUAAUUCUGUUUGCUGGUCAAACGAAGCUCGAGAACUCGUCACCUCCUUUAUCGGAUCAAACUAUACCAGAUUGGGACAUAUCCCGUCAGGUUAAUUUCAUCACAUACAAAAGUACGAGAGAUAGAAGUAUUGAAUUUUUAAGAAAUAUCUGAAAUGUAGAUCGAAGAGUUUCAAGA